UCAUUUUAAUGUUUCUACUAGAGCUAUUGGGCAUUGCAGACACAUCAUCAGCUGGCCUUAGUUUCAUAUUAUCAAAUUCAAACUCAAAAGUUCUUUGCUCAGGGUGCUGUGGUUGUUCGGCGAGCUCUGCUGUCGAUGCUGCUGCCAAAGCUCUUUGCUUUGCUUCACAGGCUAUGUUUACUUGGAAGAUGAUCUCUAAUGUCAAGACUAUUCUAACUUCCAGUUCUGAGAUUAUUGAAGCUUUGAGGCACCGAGAUAGGUUAGAAGACUGGAGGUUGAAUUUUCAGCUUCAAGUGAUAAAGGAGCAUCUUGUAGAGAUGGGCAGCCCUGCCAUUCACUCAAUCCCUCUAAGUUGGUGUAAAGCCCCUUCCUCUUUGGCUUGCUUUGGCCUGACUCAUCAUGAAGUGUCCCUCUUUUUCUGUGGAAGGGAUCUCCCUAGAUGUUUGAUGAAGACCUUUUACUCUUGUGGUUUUAGUUGGUUUUGAGUUUUUUCUGUUUUUCUGUUGUUCUGUUUUUUUGGUUUUUUAUUUUUUCUGGUCUGUAAUCUUAUACUCUUUGUAAUUUUUUUUUUUUAUGUCAAUAAAAUAGCUCCCAGAGCUCUUUCCCUCAAAAAAAUGAACU